CUGGAGUAAGAAUGGACAACUGGCAAUAGUGGAGGAGGUGUUGUGGUGAACAGCGGCGUUCAACAACGUUGUUACCUGUGGAAAAUGGCUUCCUCCGACUUUGUAACGGAGGUAGAAGUGCAGCCAGAGAUACAGGAAGUUGAGAUAGAAGCUAUACCAGUGGAUAUGCCCGUAGAAACCAUAGAAACAUACGAUGGAGAACCGAUUAUAGCUCUCCAACAGUUACCUGAACCUGGACGGGAAGAGAUAAUUUUCCAAACCCAGGAAGAAGUUGUCGGUGAACAGGAAAUCCCUUACGAAAUUCCCGUACCUGUGGACAAUGAUGUAUGUGUGGAGUCUUCUCCUGGCCCCUCUAAAAAACACCAUAAAAAAGGACAAAAACGAAGAAGAGAAAUAGACGAGUUCACCUCAAUCGCCAGUGUCGGGCAGAAGUGGGAACAAAAACAAGUCCAAAUCAAGACUUUAGAAGGAGAAUUUUCCGUCACCAUGUGGUCGUCUGGGGUUGACGAAGAUGACCUCAGUAACCCCGAGCCUGACCCAGACUACACAGAGUACAUGGCUGGAUCAAACAAGAAAUUGGCUGGUAUACCUGGAGUUGAUCUCUCUGACCCCAAACAACUAGCAGAGUUUGCUAAGAUUAAGCCAAAGAAGUCUAGUUCUGAUGACAUUGCUAGAACAAUUGCAUGUCCUCACAAGGGAUGUAAUAAAAUGUUUCGUGAUAACUCCGCAAUGCGAAAACAUUUACAUACUCAUGGCCCUAGAGUACAUGUUUGUGCUGAAUGUGGUAAAGCUUUUGUGGAAUCUUCCAAACUCAAGAGGCACCAGCUUGUACAUACAGGAGAAAAGCCUUUUCAGUGUACGUUUGAAGGGUGUGGCAAGAGGUUUUCGCUAGAUUUUAAUCUACGAACUCAUGUACGAAUUCACACCGGAGAUCGACCUUAUGUUUGUCCAUUUGAUGGAUGUAAUAAGAAAUUUGCUCAGAGCACCAACCUCAAGUCACAUAUUCUCACCCAUGCCAAAGCGAAAAAUAACAUGCGAGCAGCUGCCAGUACGACACCACAGUACGAGACAGACUACAACUCCACUCAACAGUAUGUACAGGUUGAGAUGCCCUCACCUGACGACCAGCAAUUUGUUAUCUACACCAGCUAAUUUGUUCAGAAAAAGAAUUGGUGUAAUGAAUAGACAAAAGAAUUAGUUAUGCACCAGUGUAUUUUCUAUACAAACUGACUUUUUCAAGAUUCUGGUGGAUAUAAACUCGUGCAUAACCAUAACAUAAUGGAACACUUCACAGAUGAAUACAGUACAGUGAUGAUAUGUUAAUAAGUGCAUUAUGAUGGUUUUGUUUGCUGUAAAUUAUAUAAAUAUGGCUUUAGUAAGGUAGCGUCGUCUUCAGUGCUUUGGAAACUAAUAAAGAAUAAAAUUGUUUUGUAGUUUUUACUUGGUAUAAAUUCUCUUUAUUGUUAUUUCUGAAGUUAUCAAGACUUUUUUUUACCGGAAUACAGUACUGUAUAUAAAAUGUACAAUCAAAAAGUAAUAAUAAAAAAUAUGUGGCAGCAGAAAAUGUUUUAAAUAUAAUAGCAGAUUAUGAUGUUCCAUUAAAUGCAUUGUAGCCAUAUUAUGAGUUGACAAUUAAGCAGUUGCACCGCUAAUGGCAGACCAGUACAAAAGUUUAUUGAUGCACUUUAACCAAUUUUUUGUAUUUGUUUAUUUUGUUUUUCUUUAAUCAUUAUAAAGUUCUAUUUAAAGGAAGAUAAUUGCAGGGGCAGAUCCAGGAGUUCUCAAGGGGAAGGAUUAUCAAGUGUCAUAAAUACAUUUUUAUAUGAAUCAGGUUAAGCUAAGAUAAUUCUUAUUUGAUUUAAUGAUUAUAUAUACAGUAAACUUUCUCUAAUCCGGAUUCAUUAAAGGGGGAGACCUGUCCAGUUUGGGCAGGGAAAAUUGAAGAGGGUGGGGGAUUUCUGACUCAACCAACCUAAGAACACUGAACCUACUGUAUUUUUAGCCAAGACUUUACAGCUGCAGCUCAUGACUGCAGUCUUAUAUGAUAGUAUAUGAUAGAAGAGUGACAAGAGAAUCGUACAAAGUAGAAGAGUGUUUCUUAUGGUACACAUUCUUACUGUGCUAUUAUAUGUCUUUUGAUGAAAAGUAGAAGUACAUAGUACAUGUUAAUGAUAAAGUAUAGUACUUCUUAAUUAUUAAAUUAUUUUGGUUUGGUUAAGUUUUGAGGUGAUUGUACGACACUCACAAUGUACGCUACCGAAGGUGGAGCGGAGGUUAUGUUCUCACUGCUAAUCUCAUCAACUACGUACGUAUAUGUACUGUACAGUACACUGUUCAUAUUUCUUAAGACACUUCUAUUGCCUCCUGUGCCACCACAGUGGCAGCCCGUGGUUACACGAACUUUCUCUCAAACUAACUGGAUUUUGUUUGUUUUCUCCCUGGUUGGGUUUACAUGUGUCUGGUGCUGGACCCCAGUCCGGUUUGCAAGGGGAUCUAGAUUAAGUGAGUCCGGGUUAGAGGGAGUAUACUGUAUUGUGUGGUCGCAAUGCUUGAAAUCACUGCCAGGAAAAGAAGAGUUUAAAUUGAUUGCAUCAUUGGACACUUCUGUUCCCCAUUUUGGGCAAAGUGAUGUGGUGGACCCAAUUCACCUAGAAUUUUAUUUUACAGUACUUUGUUGUGGGACUUGAGGAGCGGGUUAUCAUAAGUUAUACUUGAAGAAAUAUUUCAAGUAAAUGAGUAAAAGGCUUUCUUUGCAAGACUGAAUUUUCCAUAACAUUUAUGGGAAUGAAAUGUACAGUAUUUAAGUUAUAUAGGAUUUUAUUCUAGAGAAAUCUGGGAAGCUUUGUGUCAUUGUAAUGAGUACGAUUUUAUUUUCUAAAAGUUAUUAGGUGUACAGUUUAGGCAUUCUCAUUUGUGUACUGUAAUAUGAUAAUUGUUUAGGGCUUGCAGCCAAGACAUUAUUGUGUAUGUAAUACAGUUGACAACACCACUUGUGGAUGUGCUCAUGUACUGUUCUUACUCUACCUCUGAGAUAACAGGUUUUGGUUUUGUAAUUAUGUAGUGCUUUUUUUUUCAAUGUUCUUAUAUUAGAAACGGAUAAGAAUUUUAUUUCUGCUUUCGUCUGGUUCUUUGUUUUCCUACUGCUAUUUUGGAUGAGAAAUUAAAUUCAAAUAUAGUUUUUAAUCAAAAGUCAUUUGAUACUAAAGAAGUCAGUUCAUUUGAAUAAUAUAUCUGAUACUUAUUAAACUACAUAACAUUUAAGGAGUUCAAUAUUGGUUGAAACUGGCAAUAAUUAUACUACUGUAUGUGACACAGUCUUGAAGACAGCAUACAGAUGGAUGGAGAUGAGGUACAGUAUUAAGAACUGAUGCUACAUUUGACACUUGACUUUAAAUACAAAAGGAGUUAAAUGACACAAAAAGGCAUAUUCAGCCAACAUUAAGCUAGAAUCCCUUAAAGCAUCUGCCAUAGUUUUCUCGGAAGGAAAUCCCCACACGAGAAUGGUUAGAUUGACUGCCUUCUCAUUCAGUUGUACCUGUGUGUGCAUCACUGACAACACCCAUCUGACUCUGCCUGGGUACAGGAUUGAACUUAUGCUUAAUGGUUUGAGCAAACAGAAAAUUAUGACCUGUAAUGACUGUGGUACAGUAUAGUUUAUGAAUUGCAGGAGGUUUCUGUAUAAAAUUUGUCCUGAGAACUUUUCAGGAGCUAAGAAUCAUGAGUUGGUUAUAAUUUGGCAGAGGCAUAUAUGAUUUAAAACUUAUUGUAGAUUAUAAUUUGUCUUAACAUGUAAAAGACUGCAACACUGCUCAUAUAGUAGUAGUAUUUAGGUUAAACUAAUUAUAAACUACUGUAUUUCAUAUGAGAAAUUUUGGUGUAGAUUGGUUGGCCUUGCUUGCCCAUAGAAGUAUUACUGCACAAGUGUCUUUCUCCUGUGACCAGUGACGCAGACUCCUUGAUGACCCAUACAUUGCCAGAUUCCAUUUUAUUUUUCAUAUCCCAACUGUGCCAUACACAGUAUACCGGCAUAUAAGACGACCCCAAAUUUUCAAUUUAUAAUUAAAGUUUUGGGCUGUACUUGCCUUGAUUAAAAGAUAUGAACCUUUGUCAUAUGGUGUAAGUUGUCACUAUGAAUGACCAACACAACCUAUAUUCAUAGACAAGAUAUUGUCUAUUAUCUUUCAGAAUCUGCAGCUGUGAUCAUGCUGUUGUAUUAUAAACACUCGUGACUACACUGAGGCGUUGGUUAUUCUAUGGUACAGUUGGGGAAAUGUGUUCCUUCGCCCCCUUAUGGUAACCUGUGUCUCCAAGUGGCACCGUUGCAGUAGUAGUAUCGCUGUUUAUGGAUGAAUGGGUAUUGGCCGUGUAACGACAGACGUUAUUGGUGGAUAGGUUUGCUAUAGGUCGGCCGUUUGGAGACACGGGUUACCACAGGGGGAAUGGAACACAUUUCUGUAACUGUACCUCACAACAGUUUAUUUACACCAGUCUUUUAGUUUCUUUGAGUACAGUGAAAUAUUUGUUUCAUUAGCCUUUGGAUGAAAAGAUGUACAUGUUUAUCAA